CUCUGCUCGGCGUGCGCCAGUGAUCCGGCUGACAGGCUCAGGGACCUUUAGCGUCGCGCCUUCAGGUGCGGUUUAGCUGAGAGGCUCGGACCUGAUUCCGGGUCCAGCCCAGCACCUCGAGAGGGGAUCCCAGCCCCCAUGGCAGCCGCAGGUGCAUCCUGAGGACUUCCUGGAGGAGGCGACGCGGCUGGAGUCGGAGGCCGCGAGCUCAGCCUGAUGGCCAGGAGGCUGCACCACCUCAGAGGCCAAGCCAUGGAAGCCGUGUUCCUGCCAGUCCUGUGGAAGGGGUUGCUGUCCUUUGAGGACGUGGCUCUGUACUUCACCAGGGAAGAGUGGGACACACUGGACUGGGCUCAGAAGGACCUCUACAGAGACGUGAUGCUGGACAACUACAGAAACGUGCUCUCCUUGGGAGCUCAGUUUCCCAAACCUGAGGUGAUCUGUCAGCUGGAGCAGUGGGAAGAGCCGUGGAUCCUGGAUCUACCAAGAGCUGGGACUAGGAAGGCUUCCGGUAGUGCUUGCCCAGGUCCUGAAGCCAGAUUCAAGAUGAAAGAGCUAACUCCAAAGCAGAACAUUUCUGAAGAUUUAGAGUCAUGUAAGAUGUCACUGGUAAAGCAGAAAAUGGCCAGGAAACCCUUAGAAAAGUUACUUGAAUGUAACGAAUUUGUGGACAUUUACCGACUUUCACUCCCUACUAUUGGUGAUGAAUGCUGUAAGGACUUCCUUCAAAACCUUAACCUUAUUCAAGAUCGGAAAGCUCAGGCAAGGACAAAGCAGGGCAAAUAUGAUGAGUAUGCAAAACCCUUCCAUCAGAGAUCACUGCUUUUGAGGCAUAAGCGAAUUCUUACAAAUGCGAAAUCUUAUGAAUGCAGCGAAUGUGGAAGAGCCUUCCAGCGUCAGGCAAAUUUUGUUCGACAUCAAAGAAUUCACAGUUCAGAGGAUCCCUUUGAGUGCGACAUAUGUGGGCAGGCCUUCAAACAGAAGUCUGCUCUGAUUGUCCACAAACAGUGUCACUCACAAAAAAAGCCAUAUGAAUGUCAUGACUGUGGAAAGUGUUUCCGUCAGAUGGCGUAUCUUGUUGAACAUAGGAGGAUCCAUACCAAAGAAAAACCCUAUAAAUGUAGCGAAUGUGAAAGAACAUUUAGUCAGAAUUCAACCCUUAUUCGACAUCAGUUAAUCCACAGUGGAGAGAAACCCCAUAAAUGCAUUGAAUGUGGAAAAGCCUUUGGCCGGCAUUCAACCCUUAUGAGCCAUCGACAAAUUCACAAUAAACAGAACACUCAUAAAUGCAGUGAAUGUGGUGAAUCCUUUGGUCGGAAUGUAGAUCUCAUUCAGCAUCAAAGAAUCCAUACCAAGGAGGAAUUCUUUGAAUGUAGCGAAUGUGGGAAAACUUUUAGUUUUAAGGCAAAUCUUCAUCGACAUGAGGUCAUUCAUACUGGAGAGAGACCCUACAGAUGUGACAAAUGUGGAAAAUCUUUCAGUUGGCGCACAAGCUUUAUUAAGCAUCAGGGUACUCACAGAGAGCAGAUACCUAUGUGAUAGUAACCAGAAAAGCUACCAUUUAAAGACCAGAACUUAACCACUCUUGCAAAUAUGUGUAACUCAAUUGUUUUAUGAAAAUUAAUAAACAGGAACUGAAAUGGUU